AGCAGAUCAUGGAAGAAGCUGUCACCCGGAAGUUUGUACAUGAGGACAGCAGCCACAUCAUCGCCUUAUGUGGUGUGGUGGAAGCGUGUCUCCUGCACAUGCUGAAGCGCAGGGCUGCCGGCUUCCUGCGGACCGACAAGGUGGCCGCGCUCUUCACCAAAGUUGGCAAGACGUAUGCCGUAGCUGGGGACGUGUGCAGGAAAGUGCAGGAGCUGCAGCAGCAGGUGGAAAGCAGGAAAAAUCAGCCAAAUGGGCAGGAACCCCUCAAGAGACAGGGAUCAACCACAAGCAAAACCCCCGUCCUGACACCUCAGGCCAUCAAACACAUUUGGGUUCGGACAGCACUGAUCGAGAAGGUGCUCGACAAGAUUGUGCAGUACAUUGUCGAUAACUGCAGUAAAUAUUAUGAAAAAGAAGCUUUACUGUCAGAUCCUGUUUGUGGCCCAAUACUGGCUUCUCUUCUAGUUGGACCAUGUGCUCUGGAGUACACCAAGCUCAAAACAGCAGAUCACUACUGGACUGACCCUUCAGCAGAUGAGCUUGUUCAGCGGCACCGCAUUCAUGGAGUACACGGCCGCCAGGACUCUCCCUCGAAGCGCCCAGCCCUGGGAAUCCGGAAGCGACAUUCCAGUGGGAGCACGUCAGAAGAUCGCUUUGCUGCUUCGGCAAGAGAGUAUGUGGAGUCCCUGCACCAGAAUUCCCGAACACACCUUUUGUAUGGGAAAAACAAUGUCCUAGUCCAGCCGAAAGAUGACUUGGAGGCAAUUCCUGGGUACCUCUCCCUUCAUCAGUCAGCAGAUAGUUUGACAUUAAAAUGGACUCCAAACCAGCUGAUGAAUGGAACCCUUGGAGACUCAGAGCUGGAGAAGAGCGUUUACUGGGACUACGCAUUAAUAGUGCCGCUCAGCCAGAUCGUCUGCAUCCACUGCCAUCAGCAACCAGAAAGCAGAUGGACAUUAGUCUUGGUGAGUCAGGAUGGAACUCAGAGACCUCCACUGCACUUCCCCCAGGGAGGUCACCUCCUCGCGUUUCUUUCCUGUCUGGAAAACGGUCUUCUGCCUCGUGGUCAGCUGGAGCCACCUCUCUGGUCCCAACAGGGCAAGGGAAAGGUAUUUCCAAAGCUUCGAAAACGGAACAGCAACAAAUCAGUGGACCUAGAGGAAAUGCCAGCUGAAGACACUUCCACAGACUACGUGUUCAGAAUUAUCUAUCCAGGACACAAGCAUGAUAACAUAACUAUUAACUACCACCACUUAGCUGCCAGCCGCUCUACCUCUGUUGACGAUGAUGAGGAGGAGGAAGAUAAGCUACACGCAAUGCUAUCAAUGAUCUGCUCUCGGAACCUCACAGCUCCUAAUAGGAUGAAAGACACCAGCGAAAUGAUAGAGAUGCAGGGCUUCGGGGGAAACCUGCUUUCGUGGCAGCUGGAGCCCUGCAGCCAGGGCUCCUCCUGUGUCUCCUGUUCGACAGGCAGCUCUCCCUACGAUCUGCCCAGCUGCUGCAACUGCAUCCAUGACAGAACUCCCUUAAAGAUGCUGUGUGAGAGCAUGAAGAGGCAAAUAGUUUCCAGAGCCUUUUAUGGAUGGCUUGCCUACUGCCGCCACUUGUCAACGGUGCGGACGCAUCUGUCUGCCCUCGUGAACCACACCAUCGUCCCCCCCGACAGGCCCUCCAGCGCUGCGGGGGGCCUCACCAAGGAGGUCUGGAGCAAGUACCAGAAGGACAAGAAGAAUUACAAGGAACUGGAAUUACUAAGAAGAGUUUACUAUGGCGGGGUACAGCACGAGAUUCGGAAGGAAGUAUGGCCCUUCCUGUUAGGGCACUAUAAAUUCGGCAUGGCCAAAAAGGAGAUGGACCAGGUGGAUGAGGACAUUGCUCUCCGCUAUCAGAAGGUCAUGGCUGAGUGGAAAGCCUGCGAGGUCAUUGUGAAGCAGCGGGAGAAGGAAUCGCAUUCCGCCACGCUGGCAAAGUUCUCGUCGGGCAGCAGCAUCGACAGCCACGUCCAGCGACUGAUUCACAGGGACUCCACCAUCAGCAACGAUGUCUUUAUCUCCGUGGAUGAGACGGACCCUGCGGAGCGGGACCCUAAAGGUCGGGACGACCCCGCUUUCACCGCGGCGCCCGCCGAGACGCCAGCAACUGUCGCUGCCGUAGAGCAACAGUCUGUGGAGUUCGACUCCCCCGACUCUGGGCUCCCCUCCUCGAGGAACUACUCUGUGGCCUCGGGCAUCCUGUCCAGCAUCGAGGACGGGCAGAGUGUCUCCUUUGAAGACGGGGCUGAGGAGGAAGGUGGCGCUGACCUGGGAGGGGCCGACGCAGACGCGCCCCGGGUGCAGAGAGCUAAGUCGGGCGUCCUGCGGCCCCAGGAUUCCGCCUCGGAGGAGCAGCUGUGUUCCCAGGGGGAUUAUUUAAUGGACGUCGCUUCUCUCUGCGCUGCAUCCUACACAAUAGAGUUAUUGGACACUGUUGCCUUAAAUUUGCACAGAAUUGAUAAAGAUGUCCAGAGAUGUGAUCGGAAUUACUGGUAUUUCACUGCUGAUAACCUGGAGAAACUCCGAAAUGUCAUGUGCAGUUACGUGUGGGAGCACCUCGAAGUUGGUUACGUCCAAGGCAUGUGUGACCUCCUGGCACCUCUGAUGGUUAUACUUGACAAUGAUCAACUGGCGUACAGCUGCUUCAGCCACCUGAUGAAGAGGAUGAGCCAGAACUUCCCCAAUGGAGGUGCUAUGGACACACACUUUGCCAACAUGCGCUCCCUGAUCCAGAUUCUAGACUCUGAGCUUUUUGAAUUGAUGCACCAGAAUGGAGAUUACACCCACUUUUACUUCUGCUAUCGCUGGUUCCUGCUUGACUUUAAAAGAGAAUUGUUGUACGAGGAUGUAUUUACAGUGUGGGAAGUUAUUUGGGCAGCAAAGCACAUCUCUUCAGAACAUUUUGUCCUUUUCAUUGCCUUAGCACUUGUGGAAGUUUAUCGAGAGAUUAUCCGUGAUAACAACAUGGACUUCACUGAUAUCAUCAAGUUUUUUAAUGAAAUGGCAGAGCAUCAUAAUGCCGAGGAAAUUCUGAGGAUAGCGAGAGACCUGGUCUACAAAGUGCAGACACUGAUUGAAAAUAAGUGAUAACGAGCCGACUGUCCCCGCAGGCCUUGCUGCGAGCUAGCGGAUGGAGCGUUUCUUGCACUGUAACUACAAAACGGUGUUUUAAUUGCAUCUUCCAUGUAAUAAAUAUCAAAGAGAUUUGUAACAGACUUUUAAAACCAGAACUUUUCCUUCACCAGAUAAGGUUUGUGUUUGAUAGUCCUUGUUACACUCACUUUGUAUUCCUAGAGAAAAUCUUUUUGCGUUCUCAUUUCCCUCUCUAGAAGACCGUCUAUCUAUGUAUUUAAGGUAUUAAAAAGGGGGGAUUUGACACACUGGGCCAUUUCUAUUUUGACUUCCUGCACCUUUGCGCCCGGGUGUGGGUGCUGUGCUCUGCCAGAGCCUCCCGGGGAGGCGAGGCCGGAUCCAACGCUCACGCCGGCGCUGAAGGGUCCCCGCGGGAGCACGUUCGUGGGCUCCUUGUCUGUGCCUCCAGCGUGGACGAGCAGCCCUGCGGGCACCUGCUGCUGAAACAUUUAGCAGAGUGGUUAGCAGAGUUAAAGUAAAUAAGGUUACCAGCCGGGAGAGCGGCCUUAAACUAAGUAACGUGGCUGAUGUGAGCAGUGACCUGGCGCCACCGGCUCAAACCAUCCGUUCCCGUCGCUCGGGCUGUUGCGUCUCGGUGGCCGGCUCGGACGCGCCGUCAUUUCAGUUCCUCUGCAAACGCCCCCAGGGGGCGAGAGCUGCCUCGCGGGGUUCAGGUUCCCGGGUUCAGUGCCCAGAGGCGGGUCCCACGCUCUGUGGUCCAGACCUGCCGCCCAGCGCGGGCGCAGCAGAGCCCCCAGGUUACUCACCGCGUGCUGCUCGCCUCCCCUCCUCCUCGCCCCGCUCUGCAGAGCUUUCGGGAGGACGUUUUUGGGAUCCUGUGAGCACAAACCGGGCGCUCGUCUGCUCAGGCCGGUGUCAGCACCCGCCCGAGGAAGCAGUUGAAGUUGUGGCUGCGGUGCCCUCCUGGUGCCGCCAGCCCGGCCACGCGCUCACACAGCCGCGUACACGCUGCCCCGUCCUGCCCCGGGUGCAGGGCCCGAGGUGCAGUGGCCCGGGGCCAUCCUGGCCCUUCAUGGCGCUACGAAAGGAUCGCGCGCUCCACCCACCUUCCGAGCACGAGGGCGGGAGCGGGCUCUGCUGAUGGGGUUGAGCCGCAGAUCUCGUGGGCGCUCGUGACCUUGGGCCUUGGUGUGAGCACGUCAGGUAGUGCAAAGGAUUCCACCCUUUGGCAUUUGAACCAUAGCGAUUUAAAAAAAAAAAAAGAAAAAAAAGAGUUUGAAUUUCUGUCUCUGCUGUUUUGGUUUGGUUUUCUUUUUUUACCCUUCUGAGCAGGCAGGGUUACACAGCUUUGUUUUCCACUGAACCUUGCAGAGAAAACAGCUGUGUGGUUUUCAGAGAAUCACAGGAGGGUUUGGGGUGGGACCUGUGAAGGGCAGCUGGUCCAGCCGUGCCGUCAGCGGCGACACCUUCCUGGAGACGUUGCGUGACUUAGAUCAGCUCACGUGAACCUUUAAAAACAGAUUUUAGCAAAAAGAGGUGUAGGGAAUAAAAAUCAGUUUGGAGAUUCAAAUACUGGCAGGAGGUGUUUAUUUUAGUAACUCUGGUCUUGUUAUUGCCCGGGCAGCGGGCACGCUUGCUCUUUGCACGAGGCGAGUGCUGCCUCAGGCUCCUCAGGAGCCGAGCGUUGUUUGCACAAGAAAAAUGUAAUUUGGUUCUAGAACCAUCCGUGCUUAGAUCUUUCUUUAUGUAUGCAGUAAACUCAAAGUGCUAAGUAAUAGUCUGAAAAGGG